GUCCAACGUUAGUCUAUUAUGCUUUGAGUACAUAACUAUAAAUGUUCUUCGCGUCGAUGAACAGGAUGCUUCGACAACUCAACGUCUUGGGGUGUGGUUUACACCUCGAGCUUCGCCCUCUCGUGGGGACGACGCUACCGCCUGUUGGUUCAGGCUCUGUGAGAUUGAGUUGUGAAGGUGCCCAUAAGGAAAACGGUGUGCACAUUUAGAGAUGGUAAUUGAAGGAAUACUUCACACCACGACACGCUUACCUUUGGAUGGCACAAAUCAACGAUGCGGGGGUAGGUUCUCAUACCUAUUGAUGAUUAUCGGCAUGCGCAUAUAUAUUUUUUCUUUGCUAAGCGCCAAAGUCUAUCCUCAAAUUCAGCAAUGCCCUCUCCUUCCUCUUUUCAAAAGAAAGCAAUUCAACAAAGGAAGUUUAUGCCUUCCAGGCAUCCUUUACGUGGCAGUGCAUUACUUCCCCCCCCUCCCCCCCCCCCUCAAAAAAAAAAAAGCAAUUGCGGCGACGAUACUAGGCUACUGUAAACAGCAGCGCGGUUUUGUCUAUUUUGGUAUUGUUACUCCAUCAGUUUUCCUUUCCCCUGCUAUUGCGUCUUCUCUGUAUCGUAGAGUAGAGUUAGUUCUAAUCUAUUCUCAUUUUAAAAUCAAAUCAUCUUUUUUUCUUCAGAAAAAUAUUUCUUUCGACACCGUAUAUCAUUAAUAUACAUAUUUAUAUAUAUAUUCGUAGUGUGCAAAAGUGUGUGAGUGUACUUGGCUACCAUAGUAAGCUCGAUCUUAUUAUUUCCCUUUCCUCAAGCAAGAACAUUAGCCAAGGGUGUGUGUGUAUCGCCUAUUAAUACCACUACUUUAGAAUACCACAUUCUUUCCUUUUGCUACAUAUUGAGCAAAAAGGUAAGGGGCGUGUAUCUUGGAGUGACACGAGGUGAACGAGCAAUACGGUGCCGUAUAUCAUACAAAAGGCGAGGUUAAGGGUUUGCCAAUAUCCAUAAAUAA